CUUCUGAGCGUAGAGAGGGUGCGAGAGAAAGUGAAAGUGAGUGUGUGACAGUAGAGCGAGGAACGGCAGCUAGACGUCUCGCAGUGAGGAUGGUCUUUACCAGUCGUGGUUGGCUUGGCGAACAUGUUGUAGGUCACCGCAGAGCUGUCAGAUGGAUCCGGGAUCGCUCUCUCUGCCUGCCGCCAUGGUCCUGAUGGUCGUACUGCUCGGAGCCGCGCCACUCUCCAGCGCAGACCAACAAAGCUGUACGUGCCCAGAGAUUGUUCAACUGCCCUAUACGCAACCUCCAGAACAGAAGUGCUACAGAGUUGGGAACACUUAUCGGUACAAAUGUGUGGAGGGUCGCGUGAGGACAGCAGGGACCUCGGAUUUUAUCAGAUGCGAGCAAAAGGACAAUGGUGUACAGUGGACCACACCAUCCCUCGUCUGUAAACCUGACCCAAAACUACAGACAACUACGACACCACCCACCAGGACUGUAGAAAACAAAAACAAUUGCGCAUGCCCCAAAAUACCUGAAAGGCCUCUAACGCAGCCUCCAGGGGAAACUUGCAUCCAAAUCAAUGGCACAUAUCGGUACACAUGUUUGGAAAAUUACGUGAGGAAAGCAGGGACCUCAAAUCUCACUAGAUGCAAGCUAAGUGGAGGUGCCCUGAUUUGGACUGACACCAACCUCGAGUGUAUACCUAGCCCAAAGAGAAAUGCAACACAAUCGCCAGAGAACACCAUAUCAAACAGUCUCGGCAAUAUCACUCAUCCUUCCACCAUUACCGUCCCAGUCACGACUUCCUCCAGUCCGCAGACUACCUGCAGCACAAGCAGCUUAGCUACAGGGACUGGAGAAACAGAAAGAGUGGCGACAACCACACAUGAUCCUAUGACUACGGUGAGCAACCAGACAAAUCAGAACUCCACGCACUCAAUGGAAACCUCAACUCAUGAGGCCCAGAAAGCUAUUGCUCAAGCAGCAGGCAUCAGUGGCUUCAUUCUGAUCAUCUGUGUUGUGAUCCUGAUUCUGUUCGUACUCUAUCGAAGGAGGUCGCAAAACAACACCCCACAGGCAACAGCAGAGGAGCAGGUACCCAUGAAUAGUCAAGGAGGAGGACGAGGACCAGGAGCAUAGUUGCUCCGCUGUCGCAGUGCUCCUAGAAGGACUGUCCGUCCGCAUGCAGUGAAGAAAAGGUCUUGGCCUCCACAUAGGACUGGAGACUGUGUGCAUGAUUGCAUUGCACAGAUACCCCCCAAAGAAAACGACGACUGGCUUGAUGUGACAUUUGUUGUUUUGCACUUUCCACCACCUUUCUCUCUCGCAGACCUGAAGACAAAUCUUGGAAAUGGGGCGAUCCGCUCGCCUGGUGCUACAAUAGGAGUUUGUCUUUCCUAGUCACAGAGGACAAACCUGGGGAUUAUCCAAUCAUCACAUCCAGUGAAAAAACACCAAAGACAACAUUUAUUCAAGAAACGGGGAGCGGUGGUCUGUUAAGUGCAAGAGUUAACCUUAACCUUGUCAACGCUAAUGGAAAUACUCCCACACAGACAAUAGGAAAAUAUGUCACAGAAGCCAAACUUCCCCGUUGCCGUUUUGGUUACUGAUGUAGUUUUUUUUCCGUCCUUAGUAUGAACUAAUUAACAGUACCACUGGCUUCCUUCCAAUUUGAUAUACAGUGAAAGACAGGCAGCUCCCCUAUACCGGUACUGAAGAACUGAUCUGCGACCAAUACACAUGGGCAGAUUGACUGAUCAAGCCACAUGGCACAGUAUGCUAAUCACACUUAGCUUUAGCUAUGAAUACAGCAAUUGUAGGAGAGGAGAGGGAUAGAGAUGUUACAUAGGCUUGCUGUUUUACUGUAUAUAGAAUGCUUUUUUGUUCAUAUAUAUAUAUAAGUAAAGAACGCCAGUGGAAUACGUAACAAACUAAUAUAUCAUAAUAUAUCAAUUUUAAAAAAUCAAUCGUCUUUCAGUCGCAACAUAAAAUGACGGCCAAGAUUUAGCAAGAUAAGGUUUGUUUCUUCUCUGUUUCAAUGGAUAAUUGUCAAUAGAAUGUACAGAGUACUCGAUCCGAAACAUCACAGGCUUUAACAAUGAUAUAGCUGAGAAAUAUUUUACUGAACCGAUGUGAUCUCAGGGAUAGAAAUCUCACUGCAAGCUGAACUCAGAAGUCGCAGCCGCAAUCCUUUAAAGUUACUCAACUGUGGCACCAUUACAAAUUGGAAUGAAACAGCCUUUCGUGGUCCACGGAUCACAUUCCUCCCACUACCAAAUGGACCUAACGCCAGAGGUCUGUUGUUAAAACGUCCAGGACUACUAUGGGUCGAUGAACUGAGGAGCACAGAUGCAGGGAGGGGAUGUUGGAAAGACUAAUUGUUUAUUUUGGACCUCUCAUGGCAGUGGUAAUAAAAAUGAAAAGGAAAUAAUGUAUCAUUACGGGAAUUAGAAGGGUCUGGUUGUAAUUACAACAAUUUGAGGAUGUAUGGUCAGUGAAUACUUUGAAUGGCUGACAUUGUGUGUGAGAAUGCCACAGAUCUAAAGGUAAAUGUUGCAAAUCAAUUUGUCGAAUUGUAAAAAGAAAAUAAAUAAAAUGUGUGUGCAGCAA